CUGCUUCACUCCACAAAGGUUAUAGGUCGAGGGUGCUGUCUGCAUGAUGCAUGUUCUGCACAAAUUUCUGCUCUUUCACGUUGUGACAUGGCUCAGACAAAAUGCUCUUGGGAUUGAAAUCAUAAAUGGUGGAAAGAGCAAGGAGAAGUCAAUGCUGUAUAUGGCAUCAGUGCAAAACAACAGAGGUCAUAUAUGUGGAGGAUUCCUUGUCAGUGAAGACUUUGUAAUGACUGCAGCGCACUGUGAUGACUUAAAACCUACGAGUGUUGUUCUUGGCACCCACAAUCUCAAGAAGGUUAAGAAUGACAUGAGAUACGACAUCAAGAGAUGCAAACACCCAUGUUACGUGAAUGUCUCAAAUGGGAAUGACAUCAUGCUCCUCAAACUGUCUAGGAGAGCACGCCUGAGCAAAAAAGUACCAAUCAAGCCGAUUCAGCUUCCAACUCAACAAAAAAGACUUAAAGAAAACAAAAAGUGCCGUGUCGCCGGAUGGGGUUUCACAAGAACUGGUGGCAAAGUUGUUGAUGAGCUACAAGUGGUGGAUGUGCCCAUCAUUAACAUGAAACAGUGUGAGAAGGAGUGGCAUUAUAUCCUUCCUGCUGGAGUUAUCUGUGCAGGUGGAUAUGGUACAAACAAAGGAUUCUGUCAGGGUGAUUCUGGUGGGCCCCUGGUUUGCAACGGGAAGUUGGCUGUUGGAGUUGUUUCCUUUAACAAGCAAAUGAACUGUGACUACCCAGAUGUACCCAACGUCUUCACAGACAUAUCAAAAUUCCUGCCCUGGAUCAAAGACACUCUCAAGAAAAAGCAGUGUGAAAAAUGAUAGUUUGAUUGUUUAUGAAUUGCAUUGUGGAUGUAUUGCUUUGUCCAAUUCAUUUUGCCAGCCAAAUGAAAAAUGUGUUUCCUUCUGUGACACCUGUCAUCAGUCAACACAAAUGCAAAAGUUCUUUGUCUAACACAUAUUCACAAACUUGUGAAGGAUAAGUUUGUUUGUACUUUUUAAUGUCCAUGUUGUCUCUUACUGCUCUCCUAUUACUGCUUGAGGUGCAUAUAUAUAUAUCUGUUAAAUAAUAAGAAAAAAUAUUACUGAGCUAUAGUUUCAUAACGUUGACCGUGGGAACGUCAGUGUUCAAAUCUUGCAGCUUGAAACUGUGGUUAUAGUGGUUCAUCAUGACUGUCAGAGUUUUCAAGAAAUGUUUGGUUUGUGUCAUGUAGAUCCAGACCAGAGAUAAUUUGUUGUGUUGUGAUUGUGUUGUGCCUGUGUUUCUGCGAAAUUUGAUGUGGCCACAUAGUAGUAUGUAUGAAAAGUUAGAGAAAGAGAACCAACAUGGUCCAAAAUCAUUCAAUUCAAGAGAAUGAAAAUAUCAUCGAUGCAUAAUGAAAAUGAAUGAAAAGGAGUGGAGGUACAAGAAUAAUAGAUUCAUGCAAGAUAAAUUUGUAUUAUUUUUUAUUGUAAAGCACUUUGAGCUACAGCUUUCAUUAUUAUUAUUAAACGUAUGAUGACGGCUGGAUGAAAUAAACUGUGUAGCUAUAUGAGUUUGACUCUUGCUUAAAGACUUUGACACAAGUAGCCUAAUAUAUAAAAUAUAUAAUUCUCAAUAUCUGAUAUUAAAGGACAGUUACUGUAUAGUUACUGUUACUCAGGUCUAUCCACUGACUAAGUAUUACAUGAAUUGUUUUAUAUUUGUGAAAGUUUGUGGAACUGUUUCACAAAUGUCUCAUCAAAAUAAUGCAAUCACACUACAAGAAAGCCAUUUUCAAGGAAGCAAGUUGUGACAUGUUUAGUUUUUGACA